UCAGCCGUGGCCAGAUUCGCAAACUCCUCCUCCUCGCCGCUGAUCUUCUGUCCUCUCCCUCCCACCACCGCGCUCGGCGGAAGCAGAUUCUCAUGGCGGAAGCCACUCCCAACGGCAUCCCCGCUGCCGGUGCCGGAUCUCUGGCAUCAUCCGUUCCAAUUGAGGCAGUUCUGUUCGACAUUGAUGGGACCUUGUGCGACUCAGAUCCUCUUCAUCAUGCAGCUUUCCAAGAAAUGCUUCUUGAGAUUGGGUAUAACAAUGGUGUGCCAAUCGAUGAUGAAUUUUUCAUAAACAAUAUUGCUGGAAGGAGCGAUGUUGAAGCUGCUCAGAAUUUGUUCCCAGAUUGGCCCCUUGAGAAGGGGCUGAAAUUCCUGGAAGACAAGGAAGCUAAAUACAGAAGUUUGGCAAAAGAGCGUUUGGAACCUGUAAAGGGCCUUGCUAAAGUGGUUCAGUGGGUCAAAGAUCAUGGAUAUAAGCGUGCAGCUGUAACCAAUGCCCCCAGGAUCAAUUCCGAGCUCAUGAUCUCCCUUCUUGGCCUCACAGACUUCUUCCAGGCUGUCAUUGUUGGAGGUGAAUGUGAGAAGCCAAAACCCGCCCCAUUCCCUUACUUGAAGGCUCUCAAGGAGCUUCAAGUGUCUGCCGAGCACACCUUUAUCUUUGAGGAUUCUGCUUCAGGCACACGUGCAGGUGUUGCUGCUGGAAUCCCUGUUGUUGCCGUAGCAACAAGGAACCCAGAGAAGUCGCUACUAGAUGCAGGAGCCACCUUGAUCAUCAAGGAUUAUGAGGACCCCAAGCUUUGGAGUGUACUUGAAGAGAUAGACAGGGAGGAAGCCAAGAUAAAGAAAGUGGAUGCAUGAAAUGGGAAUGAGGUUCUCCUUUAGAUAUAUUGCAGAUUUAGCUUUCUUUUGCAUGUGAAGAAAUAGUGCAGCCAAAGUGAUGGCACGCAAAGCUCAUCUUUGCAUUUUGAACUUCUGGUUUUAUUAUUCUUUGCUGCUACUCAGCCUAUUGAGUUGGGACAGAGGAAUAAACACCCAAAACUCCCAUGAGUUAUUCUUUAUGGAUAGAUGUUACUUGAGAAAGUUC